CUUUUUUGCUGUCUUUUUUGUUUUACUAAUUCGCUACUCUUUCUUUUUUCCUUUCAAUCAUGUCUGGGCUCAACGGAAAGCACAAAAAAUACUCGUGGCUGCCCGAGACCAACCCGUCGGCGCUCUCCGGCGACGCCAGCCCAGCGCAGUCGACGUCCAGCCGGCAGGAAAAGCCCGCUAAGGGCAAAUCGACACGGGCCCGGUCCAAGGGCAAUUCAGGCAAUUCAGGCAAAUCCAAACCCAGAGGCAAGGGCAUCGACAUGAGCGAGCCAGCCAGCAGCCUUGGCAUAACAAUGGUGUCCAGCGAGCCAGCAGCAGAAGACGAUGCGUCGGGGCAGCUGGCAGCAAUCACACCGCCAGUGUCGAAGCUCGGGCGGAAGCGGCCGCGCAAGGACAGCGUCGACGAGCUAGUGCGCUCGCGGUUCAUGUCGAGCCAUGCGCCACAGACCAGCAGCAUGCCGCCAGCAAAGCCUAGCCGCACCAGCACGCCGCGGGGACGGAAAAAGGCUGUGGAUCCAGGCACGCCUAGCAUCACUGCCAGUGUCAGGGACGCAUUGGCAAGCGAGCGCACAGUGAGCAUCCGCGGCUCGCCGUCACAGCAGGGCACGGUGGCCAUGAGCAAUAACGCGUCGUCGGUGGGCCACGGCAAGCACAGAUAUCCGAGCUAUUAUCAGGGCAUGCAGAUAUCGGGAAGCAGCACGCCUGGGAACGCGCACAUGGCGAUAGGCGACCUGGAGGGAAAGUACUCGUUCCCGGCGUUCCCGAUGCUGAAUCCGCGCAAUGUAUCGUCGACGUUCAGGCGCACAGACCGGGGUGUCGGCCCCGUGUUCCAGGACCGCGGGCUGGAGGUUACGACAGGAGAGAACGUCAUCGUUAUACACCCAGGGUCGAGGUGGCUCAGAGUCGGGCGGGCAAGCGACGCAGUGCCACGGGAACUGCCACAUAUAAUUGCACGCAGGGCCCGUGCAACCAGUCCUGCACUGGCCAAGCCGACCGCAGGGAAAGACACAGCCAACUCGGAACAAGCCGAGGCAGUAAGUGGCGAUGUCGAGGCUGAAGAUAAGGAGGAGCCAGAAACGAAGGAACCCCCUGUUGCUGAGGAGUCAAUUGUCGACGAGACUCUAACAAUGCUGCGCAGUGUGCUCAAGGAGCACCAGCGCCAGUCGAAGCGCAAGGCACCGCCCAACGCAUACUCGCAGGUGAUGUCGUUCAACAAGCAGGCCACGCCCACAGUAAUCCAGGACCACAACGACCCAUUCAAAAUCGAGUGGGUCCACGACGACGAAAUUUCGGGAGACUAUGUUGUCGGCGAGGCAGCGCUGCGGAUUGCUGACACCAGCAAGUUCCUUGUGCGGCACCCAAUGCGCAACGGCUGCUUCAACGUCGAGGACUACGCGACAAUCGAAGAGGUGCUGGGCGACAUUGAGACCAUCUGGUGCCACGUUCUGGAUACCGAGCUGGGGCUUAAGCGCCGCGACCUGUCCAACUACGGUGCAGUGCUGGUGAUCCCUGACCUGUUCAGCCGCAUCGAGGUGGCAGCCCUGUCGGACAUGCUGCUGCGGAACAUGGGCUUCCGGUCGCUUAUCCUGCAGCAGAGCUCGACCCUGGUGACGUUCGGUGCCGGCUUCUCCUCUGCCUGCGUGGUGGAUAUUGGCGCGCAAAAGACCAGCAUUGCAUGCGUCGAAGACGGAUACUGUCACCAGGAAUCGCGCGUAAGCAUCAUGCACGGCGCUGACGACAUCACCCGCUUCCUGUUUGAUCUGUUCCAGCGCAGCUCAUUCCCGUACCACGAAGCCAACCUCAACCGGCUCUACGACUGGACAAUCCUGGCUGAUCUGCGCGAGAAGCACAGCACGCUGAACCUCUCGGACGUCAACAUCCGCAUGACUGACUUUUUUGUGCGCGUGCCCGACAGGCCCACGCAAAAGUACAGCUUCAAGACCUACGAUGAGAUGUACCUGGCGCCGCUCUGCGUGUUCUAUCCGUACAUCUCAGACGCAUACUACAAGAUACCCGCAUACGCCCGCUCGUUCCUCGGCGGUAUCGGGCCCGCCGCCCAGAUCGAGACAGGCUGGGGUCCGCCAAUGUGCAGCCAUAUGACGCCCACGCAGUUUGGCAUUCUGCCAUCACGGCCAAUUGAGAUUGAGGCGCCGGUGACAGCCGAUCAGUUUGCUGAGGCGGCCACCGCCCCGGCCACGGUGCCGGCCACCGAGCCCAGCACUCCCGAGCCCAGCGCUGCCCCGCCUGCCGGCUCCUCGGCCACGCCGGUGGUUGACAAGUCUCUGGUCAGCCAUUUCAAGGACAUGGCUGCCAGCGAGAUAAAGACGCUGCCGCCAACGCCAGUCGUGCCCACAGUCACGUACGUGCCGGACCCCGACUCCCAGUACGCGCGCAUGCCCCUGGACGCGGCCAUCACACACAGCAUCACCCAUGUCGGAUCUGUCGACCGGGCGCGCAAGCUGUACAACUCGAUUGUGCUGGUGGGGGGAGGCGCCGCAUUCACGCCGGGCUUUGGCGAAGUGCUGGCAAGCCGGCUCAUGUACGUGCGGCCCGAUUUCAUGCAGUCCGUGGAGCGCGUCGAUAUCGUGUCGGCGCCGCGCGACCUCGACCCCAGAGUGCUGGCGUGGAAGGGGGCUGCUGUCCUUAGCCGCCUGGAGUGCGCAAGGGAGAUGUGGGUCGAUCGGACCGAGUGGAUGGACUUUGGCACCAAGCUGCUGCGCGAACGGAUGCUGUUCCCAUGGUGAUUAUGUAUGUCUUUUUUGCAUGUUUCUUUUUCUUUCCUUUAAACAAUGUUAUAUCUAUCUCGAUU